AUGGUCCAACUUGGUUGGGACAGCCAGUUGCAGAGCGGAGUCCUUCUGGUAGUCAUCAAUCGCGAAUCGCGAACAGGCUUUUGUGAAUCGGAAUGGCGUCUUUCCUCCACCAUGGCUGCCGGCGCACAGGUCCUGGCCCCAGCACGGGCUGAGCUCUCCAAGUACUUUGCUGGGCCAUACCUGGAAGGGAAGCACUAUGACGGUACAGAGUAUUCCCUGGACUACGUGGGCGAGAUUCUCACGUUUCGGUAUGCUGCCCCGGAUGGACCCGUGCAGGUUUGGCAACAUGCUUUUGAUAUGCGAGAUCUUGACAGUGGGCAGGAUUGCAAACAAGAUUCGCUCGUCGUCAUGUACCACUACACGAACGAGUUGGCCUUCCAGAAUGUCGGAAACAUUGAGCAGACAGCAGCCGAGCUCUUUGCGUCUCUGGAAGACUCGCGUGCCCAUUUCGGCAAGGGCAUCUACAGUACCCAGCACGAGCCGGCAGUCUGGACGUCGCGGGUCCGCGUUCUGCUGAACAACUACAGCAAUGGCAGCCCGCUGCGUGACACUGCGGACAUGGAAUCUGAGCGCGUUGUCCGAGAAUGGGGCGAUGGCAACGCCUCGGGCCACCGGGCGGCCUUCUGCAUCCCUAUCCUCGUGCCCAAAGCAAUGGCCUACAACAUUUUCGAAAGACAGGUGCCAGAUAUGGCUGAGAAGGUGGUGUUGGAUCCAGAUGGGAAAGAGCGUCCCGCAGCGCUGGGAGAAGAUUACAAGGGUCGCCCAGUGGACAGGGACCGUGACGUUUGGGUGGUCCGUGCGGUGGACGACAGCGGUAGGGCGCGCCAUGCUUUGGCAAGAGCAGAUGGCUUGCUCCACUUGCUGAAGCUGCGCCUGGCCCACCUGCAAGAGACGAGGGGCAGCGACGACGCGGCGACCUUGCAAUGCAUGCAUGAACUUGCAAGGAGAUUGAAAGGCCAUGCCGAACUGGAUGAGGCGGAGCAGUUCUGCAGGAAAUGUUUGGCAAGGCGCCGGGCCCAGUUCGGCAAUCGGAAUGAGCUGACCUUGACCUCCAUCACCAAUCUGGCGGUGUUGCUUCGACGGCGACUGUGCUUUGGGGAGGCAGAGGGCCUCUUCCAUGAAGUGCUCGAGGGAUGGAAGGCCAAGCUGGGGAAUACCAACCCCAUCACCUUCACCGGCAUGGAGAGCUUGGCCCGGGUGCUCCAAGACCAGGGUCACCUGGAGGAGGCGGAGCGUCUCUUUCGUGAUGUGCUCGAAGGGCGCCCAAGCCUUAGAGAGAUGAUCCCCCAAAUCUCCAUGGAGCCCAAAGUCAGCAGCCGCUGUAUAUUGUUGUCUAUACUUUAG